GAAGCGCUCUGCCUCGCAUAUUCGCAUUAUUUCAAAGAAGGGAAACUCUCAUAUAUAUUAUUCGUCUGUAACUGAAACUGAUGGAAUGCCUUCUCUUCGAGAAUUGUUUAGAGUUGGCCAUGGACCUUCUAGCUCACAUACGAUGGGUCCUGCCAAUGCAGCUAAAAGAUUCCGCGCUUUAUACGACGCCGGAAUCGACAACUACGUGGUUAUUCUCUAUGGCUCUCUCGCUGCAACCGGAAAAGGCCAUAUGACCGAUGUCGCGAUCGAGAACGAGUUGAAGCCAAAGAAGGUUACCUUCAUCUGGAAAGCGAACGAAACCUUAAUGUUCCACGUCAACGGCAUGACGAUCAAGGCCUGCAAGGGUGAGGAGGAAUGUGCCCAAGAGACGUACUACAGCGUUGGAGGCGGCGCGAUCGUCGUGGACUCGGAACUGUCCAUGAUCGAAGGCCCGUACAAGAAAACGUUCGACAAAGUGUACAACUACUCCACGAUGAACGCUCUGAUUCGCUGGUGCCGCAAGACUGGUCUCAAAAUGAACGAUUUCGUCUACCAGAGCGAAGGCGAGGGCAUUCACGACUUCCUGAAAAUGAUCUGGGACACCAUGAAGCGCUGCGUGGAGAUCGGUCUGCAGGGCAAGGGCGUGCUCCCCGGCGGGCUCAAUCUGCCCCGCAAGUCGCGUGACAUGUACCGCGCGGCGCAGCGAAGCAAUUCGAGUCUGAGCGAACACGCGUAUCUCUUCGCGUACACGCUCGCCGUGUCGGAGAACAACGCGGGCGGAGAGAUCGUCGUCACCGCUCCGACGUGCGGCGCGUGCGGCAUCGUCCCUGGACUGCUCUAUUAUCUCCACACACACCACGAGAACAUCACCGACGAGGACUGCAUCGACGCUCUCGCCGUCGCUGGCGUCAUCGGCAACAUCGCCAAGGUCAACGCGUCCAUUUCGGGAGCCGAAGCGGGCUGUCAGGCCGAGGUGGGCGUGGCGUGCGCGAUGGCCGCGGGAGCAGCGUGCUUUUUGCUGGGCGGAUCGACGGAGCAGAUCGAAUACGCGGCGACGAUGGCGAUCGAGCACAUGCUGGGAUUGACGUGCGAUCCGGUGAAGGGACUGGUGCAGGUGCCGUGCAUCGAGCGGAACGCGAUGGCGGCGGCGCGAGCGCUGGAGUGCGCGCAGUACGCGCUGAUGACGAACGUGUUCCACAUCAUCUCGUUCGAUGAGGUGGUGAUGACGAUGAUUUUGACCGGCGAAGACAUCGAGGAUACGCUGCGCGAAACGUCGAGGGCGGGGCUGGCGCAGACGUACAAUCUGGACGAGCUGGCGAAGAAGCAGCGACUGAAGGAUUUGAAGAGCCAGCUGCGAGGCAUUCAGAGACGGUCGAGCAUUAAUAUGCAGUGGGGACAGCAUGAAUCGGACAAUGAGGAUUUGAUGACGUCGAGAGAGUCGGUGGAUCCGGUGCCGUCGGAGAAGGGAGAAAAUGAGAUGAUCAUGCUUGAUCGGAAUAGUACGUUUGACAGUUUCUAUUCUUGUGUUUGUUGGAAUAAAGGGAAGUGA